AUGUCCCAAUCUCUCCGCCCUUAUCUCCAAUGCGUGCGGAGUACUCUCACGGCCGCCCUUUGCCUCUCUAACUUUGCCUCCCAAACUUCCGAACGACACAAUGUUCCCGAGAUCGAAGCCCAGACUUCUCCUGAAGUUCUACUCAACCCCUUAGUCAUCUCUCGCAAUGAGAACGAGAAGGUCCUGAUCGAACCCAGCAUCAAUAGCGUACGAAUUAGCAUCAAGAUCAAGCAGGCAGACGAGAUCGAGAAUAUCCUAGUCCACAAGUUCACCCGAUUCCUGACCCAGCGAGCCGAAGCCUUCUUUAUCCUUAGGAGGAAACCUAUCAAGGGUUACGAUAUUUCUUUCUUAAUUACCAACUUCCAUACCGAGGAGAUGUUGAAACACAAGCUAGUAGACUUCAUCAUCCAAUUCAUGGAGGAAGUAGACAAGGAGAUUUCGGAGAUGAAGCUGUUUUUGAACGCACGGGCAAGAUUCGUGGCUGAAUCUUUCUUAACACCAUUUGACUAA